GGUAAUUGGAGGCUCUGUGGAGGUGCCAUGGAUCUUCAUAUGCCCAUGUGUCCUGCUGUUUCUCGGAGGUCAAAGACACAGUACUAUUUGGUCGGAGCAUUGAUUCCAUUAUUUGGCUUCGCGUCACUUGUAAUGUUGACUUACAUUAUAUUCUUCGGGAAGAAGACGUCAAGAAGAACAUACUCAAUUUUGCUUUCUUUUGGCAAGAAAUUCCCUAGAGUUGCUUAUAAUGAUCUAGUUCAAGCUACAUGGAAGUUUUCAGAGUUAAACCUUGUCGGAAGAGGAAGCUAUGAUUCAGUGUAUAGAGGAAAAUUAACUCAAGCUAAAACACAAGUGGCUAUUAAGGUUUUUGACCUUGAUAUGAAAUGUGCAGACAAAAGUUUUGUAACAGAAUGCGAUGUUCUGAGUAGAAUUCGGCACAGGAACCUUGUACCUAUCCUAACUGCAUGUUUGACAAUAGACAAUAGUGGUGACCCUUUCAAAGCUCUAGUUUAUGAAUUCAUGCCUAACGGGAAUUUGGACACAUGGUUGCACAACACAUAUUCGGGUAGUUCUUCGAAAAGUUUGAGCUUAGCUCAAAGAGUAAACAUAGGCAUCGGUAUAGCCGAUGCACUAGCUUAUUUACACAAUGAUUGUGAACGGCAGAUUGUACAUUGUGAUUUGCAGCCAACAAAUAUCCUACUUGAUGAUGAUAUGAAUGCUUAUUUGGGAGACAUCGGCAUUGCAAGCCUCAUUGGACAUUCAAGCUCACACUCCUCAAUCGGACUAAAGGGAACGAUAGGUUACAUAGCUCCGGAGUAUGCUCAAUGUGGCCAGGCAUCAAUCCGUGGGGAUGUUUACAAUUUUGGAAUAGUACUCCUUGAGAUGCUCAUUGGCAAAAGACCGAUAGACCCUAUGUUUGAGAAUGAACUCAACAUGGUUAACUUUGUGGAGAGGAACUUUCCAGAUAAGAUAAUACAUAUUAUUGAUGCACGCUUGCGUGGAGAAUGCAAGGGCUAUAUCCAAGCGAACAAUGGAACAGAAAAUGUGGCAUAUGGAUCCAUGUUAUCACUCAUGCAAGUCGCUCUUUCCUGUACAUGUCAGAUCCCAAGGGAACGCAUGAACAUAAGAGAAGUAAACAAUAAGUUGCAUUCAAUCAGAACAUCAUACAUUAGAGCAACCAAGCGAGAGCAAGUCAUGCUUCACUAG